CUGCAGUACGACUCUGUGAAGGAGAGAGCGUGGAAAAGGUCAUAAAAGUUUUAUUUUAUCCAGUAAAGGUUUAUAUUGUGCUAUUUAAUAUCUGCGUUUAAAACCUGAUAGCAUGUACUGUGGCAGUUUAUUUCUGUUAAACAGGAUGAGGAGGAACUGCCUGGUCCCUCUGUUUAGCUGAAGCGAUUAUCAGAAGCACAGUCUGACACAUUCUCUGCUUCUCAUUGAAAUCUGAACCUUUGAAAUCUCCAUGCAGGAGGCAACAAUAACUAUCUCUAGAGCCAGUUUUCUUUUCAUAAAUUGCUCUAUGAUGAAUUUUAAAAUGUGCAAAUGUUCAUAUAGUAUCCUGGGUCUUUUCGGGGGGGGGGAGAGGUUAAAGGUUUCGAGAGAACAGGGGGUGCGAUGAUGUGACUCCUGGAGGACCGCGGAGGAGACUGUGUGGAUGCUUACAAAUUUGCCGUUUGUGUACCUUUUAUAUACAUGGAUAUUUGUGGAGGUGGGGGUCCAGUCAGUUCCAAUGAACAGUGAUUCUAGGCAGGCUAAAAGCUCCAGGCUUUUCUGCUGGCCCCCUCACCUGCCGGUUCAUACCCCCCCUCCAACAAAUCUCCGGUUCCAGUUCAAUCUCCAUUUCUUUACGAAUGUGCUGCGUCAGAAAUUAAGUACAGCUGUAUGUGGGGACCUGUUAAUAGUUUAAGGUGCUAAGUCACGGUGUAUAUUUACAGCAGAGAGUGCAAAGAACAUGGUACAACCAACGUGGUGAAUUUCAUAAGGUGCUAAAAGUGUAGCAUUCUCGGAGCGUCGUACUGUCGAGCGAUAAAAUAUUGGUGAUUUAAAAACUUUCCAGCAGUUGAAAGAUCGCAACGAAACACAAAAGGCAAAAGAGCGGGAGUCAGUCGGCACCGAUGCAGUCAGGCAGUUUAUGGCGUGUUAUACACACUGUACGCGAGGGCUGUGCUUAAUUCCUCAGGGAAUUUAAUAAAGUUUGUGACUUUUGAUGGGAACUUCACGCUGCGUUCUCCGCUUACCAUUCCAAUGGAGUCUCCAGGUUGCCGUGAUACAUUGUCUGUCUAACAUUGUUGGCUUUAAAUCUGUCGUAUUCUGUGGUCUGGGGUGGCCGUUAAAUAUCAAUUAACUGUGAAUCUCUCUCUGUUCAGCAUCAAAGCGAAGGAGUCUCACGCUUGUCAUUAACUUAUGGCUUAAUGGGCAGCCGCCCAGCCUGAUUGUGCGUCCCCCCCUGUGAAGUAUAAUCACGCCUCUUUAAUAUUUAUUGGAGGUUCUUCAACCAUGCAAAUCAUGCCCCCCCUCCCCCCACAGCCCAGCUCUGUACUGGCACUGAUAACAGCCUAUGAUCUCCAGAUAUCUGAUCUGUCGCUCUGGUUGGCUUGUGGCAGUUGGAAUCAGUUUUUUUUUUUUUGCUGUGCAGUUACCUAAUAAUGUCUAAGAAAGUGGUAGUUUUUGCUUGCUACAGCCUCCUGAAUGCUUUGAAUGUGUCUUGAUGGACUAGAUGGGCUGCCGUCCUAAGUGCCUGGAUUAUAGCAGCACUACUCUCUCCUGUCCUGGCCUCCACCUCUUUCUCCCCCCAGUUUUUUGGCCCACUUUCCAGGACUGUCUGGAGCCUGAAGAGCGUGUACAGCAGGUGCAUCCCAGGGCAUGCUGUUGGCGCUCAGCCGCACUGCCAGGCCCCUGGUGCUGGCAGAGUGGCACAGCGGCACACCGUCGCCUGGAAUCGUGCCCCUAACAUCCACUGUUAGUUGCCCACAUGGGGGGGUGGGGGCCGUACUGACUGCAUACCACCAACCCUCUGCUCUUCUCCGGUUGGGAGAGACCUCAGAGGCUUGGACGGCUCGAGCUGAGACGAGACAUUCAUCCUGUCGGCAGGACAGGGCAGGACGUUUUGAUGCUUUUACAGGCGCGCUGUGACAGAUCAGGGUGCGUUUCCAAUGAUCGUUUAUGGCCCCCCACCCCUCGGAGGAAUGGCGCAGUCAUGAAUGGCGACGCCCGCCCCAGUAGCCCGGACCUCUCUUCCUGCCCGCUGCCUGACUGGAAGGAGUUCUGUGAGCUUCAUGCUCGGGCCUCCGCCUCCGACUUCGCCGACAAGUUUCGCCGCUUUGUCAGCGAGAACCCCAGCUACGACUCGCCGGGCGCCGACGCCACCUUCUCCCAGCACUUUGCCCAGCACUUCCUGGAGUGCUUCUCAGCUGAGCUGAGCCGGCCCCGCACGCCUGGCUCCCCGGGGGGGCCCCGCUACAGCAUCGUGCCAUUUGCCGGCCUCCAGAGCUGCCCGCUGCCGUACGGCCAGGACUUCUACCUGCGGCGGGACGCCGGCGCCUCCAGCGAGUCCCUGGACAGCAUGGACAGUGGUCCAGGUAGCCGCAGUCCCCGCUCGCAGCCCCUGGCGCACAAGGUGUCGGCCCUGGGCCAGUCACGCAGCUCCGAGGACGUGUCAGCAGGCCAUCCCAAGGCCCGCUUCAAAAAGGGCUUCUCCCUGCGGAACAUGAGCCUCUGUGUGGUGGACGGAGUCAAGGAGAUCUGGCAUAGGCGUUCGUCGCCGGAGCCUGACGGCGGCCGCAGGGCCAAUGGCGAUGCCACGGGGGACAAGUGGAGCCAGCGCCUGCGUUUCUCCAAGGGCUCGCAGGGGCACAAGGCCGAGCAGCUAGAAAUCCAGAGGGAGGGCGCCCUACGCUACAUGGUGGCCGACGACACCAACUGCAUGGGCAGCUCGCAGUGGCAGAAGUGCCGGCUGCUGCUGAGGAAGACGGGGCCGCGCACUGAGGGCGAACGCUUCCUGUUGGAGUUCUACGUUCCGCCCAAGUCAUCAAAGCCCAAAGUGAGCGUCCCCCUCUCUGCUAUCGUGGAGGUGAGGACCACCAUGCCUCUGGAGAUGCCAGAAAAGGACAACACCUUCGUCCUCAAGGUGGAGAAUGGCGAGGAGUACAUCCUGGAGACCAUCGACUCACUUCAGAAGCAUUCUUGGGUGGCGGAUAUUCAGGACUGCAUAGACCCUGGGGACAGUGGCGAUGACAUUGAGUUGGCAUCAUGUCCGCACGGCCAGCCUCACAGGGACUUCUCCAUGGUGUCCUCCUGCAGCUGUGAGCUCCUCUCUGAGGGAGUGCACCGGGCCCCUGAGCGACCUUGUGCGGCGGCGACUGAGCACCAUAGCGCCCCCUCUGCCCGUUGCCGAGAAACACCCUUCGUAGAGUACCCUUCACAUAUCCCAUUGGACCGCUUCCUGCAGACAGUGGAGGGGGCGGGAUCAGUUUCAGGGGCCCUUGGCGAGGGGGCACAGGAGCCCGAGGCCGACGGCAAUCUCAGCCGCUACCCAUGGUUUCACGGGACGCUGUCGCGAGUGCGCGCCGCCCAGCUGGUCCUGGCUGGUGGUGCACGUAGCCACGGGCUCUUUGUGAUCCGGCAGAGCGAGACGCGGCCGGGAGAGUACGUCCUCACAUUCAACUUCCAGGGCAAGGCCAAGCACCUGCGGCUGUCCGUGAACGAUAACGGUCAGUGUCACGUGCACCACCUGUGGUUCCAGACGCUGCUGGACAUGCUGCGCCACUUCCACACCCACCCCAUCCCGCUGGAGUCGGGGGGGUCAGCCGACAUCACGCUGCGCUGCUAUGUCCAGGCCCAGCGGAGUCCGGCGGAUCCCGCUGCGCCCCGCAUCCCAGCACCCUCUAGAGACCCAGGCUGUCAGAGUGACCCACACCAUUCUCCUCACUACUUCCCUGGAGCCCCACAGCCAGCGCCCCCCCCUACGGACGCACCCCCCUCUUCCUCCAGCACGUCUUCCUCGCCUACCGCCCUGCCCCCCUUCCCCGGACUGAGCCAGGGGGAGGGGGAGGCGGAGGGGGGGGGGAGUGGGUUGCGCAGCCGCAGCAACAGUUCUGAGCGCCUUCUGGAGCCCCCUAGUGGCUCUGCCGAGGACUACCACGAAAGUGACGCCACUAGGAGAGCGCGAGCCGUGGAAAACCAGUAUUCCUUCUACUGAGGUGGCAGCCUGAGCCCUCACUGGCUCGGCUUCCAGAAGAAGCCCACAUAGAAGACAGGUGACAUUAUCCAAAUAUACAUUUUUACAGCACAUAUCAGUUUAUUAAAGUAUCACUCCCCCUGCUUAGGGUUCCCUAAUGAAAUCAUUUCGUAACAGUUGGCAGAGAUACACCAGCCAAAUCCCAAUGAAAUUUAACCUCUGCUUCGGCUUUUAAAGGUCAUGGAUUCACUUCUCCGAACGUAGACAGGGAAGAGGAAAUGAUCUUGUAUUAUCACAUGCCCUGCUACCACCAUUAUCACUCUCACUGUUUGAAAGACCCUGUCAGUUAUUUUAACAAAUGGUCUGUUGCAUUCUUGUAUGUUUAAAAGCUGCACAAAGAUGACCAUGGAUUUUCCCUUGGUCAUUUGAGUCUCUUCCAUCAGGGUGGCCUUUAUCUUUCACAAACAGGUGUCAUUAGCGUUGGCUUUCAGUGACUCACUAUACAGUGUAAACUAACCCGGAACGUUCCAGCACAGUAGCUAAUGGAUCAUUUUUACUAGUCCCGGCUGUCUAGUGAGUGAUGACUGACAUAACACGAUUUCAACUUUAAUAACCAGAAGUUAAUUAAUCUUAAAAUGUUUUGUUUGUUGCUGAAUUUGCUCUCAAAAUGUUUUCUGUACUUUCGUUUUGUUUUGUUUUGAUGCAGGCCCUGUGGUUUCGGUAAUGAAUGUGUGUGUUGAUAUAGUAAGGGAUGAUUUACAUUUGAAGUAUAUUAUAGAGACCAGUUAUAAAAGAUGUUUUGGUAUGGUUUAUUAUUGUUUGUCAUUGUUAUUGUUUUGUUGAAUGUUAUUUUGUGUUCGUGUUGUGCCCUAGAGCAAAAUCCAUCAGGGUUUGGACUAGAAAACUGCUCCAGAGAGCUGUUCUUUCUGUAAUGUUCGCAGGACCUGCCUCUCUGGCUCUCAUCUGUGAAUGAGCCCAGUUACACACGACAGAAUCACUCUGCCCAGUGUCUGUGAUGUAAGCCACACACAAAUUGGCUUUAGCCACUAAAAAAUGCAUCACAGAUAGUUUCACUGCCUUGCAGAAGUAUUUUGGUUCUUUGUACAAUGUCCCAUUUUGUAAAAUAACAGUACAAUGUGCACACGAUUUUAAAAUGUAAAAUUUUAAAGGUUAGAUAUAGUGAUUAUUUACUUAUUAUAAACCAUACAUGUUACUGUAAAAGGCAGCACAUACUAAAGAGGAAAACCUAAAUGUAUUAAUUUCAUAAAUGUUUAUACAUGUGAGCUGCAGAUUUGGUGGGGAAAUGUCUGGCUGUGAUUAAAGUACUUUUUUUUAAACUCAGGUCAGCAGCUUAAAGUGAUUCCCCAGACUGACAUGAAACAGGAAAUUGAUAAAGAUUGUCAGCAGUUUUCCAACCUUAGUAUAAACAUCUACCCUUCAUCUUCCUCAUAGCCUGUAUCACUGUCUGUUUUUGUUUCAAAAUGUGAAACUCAAUGUCCCCAAAAUGUGGGAUUUACACCCAUUUCCACAUUUCACAUCCUGUUUUUCCCAAGAAUCCUUGGUGCCAUAAAAACAUUGCGAUGUCUACAUGGUCAAGUGCUCCACAGAAUCAAUUUGUUCAUAAAAAUGAAAUUGUCCACCUCUCCACUAAAGCAUCCACCAACUCCUCAUGAAAUACAGUUUCACGUGGUGAAUUGGAAAUAGGAAUGACUAGUUUUAUUCCUUUAGGAAGCCAGAAGCGAUACGUCUUUUUGUGGCCCUGCCGCAGUUGAGUCAUACCAGGGUUUCCGUUAGUCUCAGCCAAAGGGUCGCAUCACCAUCGCGUGACUCCAUGCCUCCCUGCUCCGCUGUGCCCGUGGCCUCUCUUACGGUAGCAUCACCCAAUGCCCAGAGAUAACCAAUCAAAUUGUUGAGGAGGUGGGUCCAAGCAACGAGAUAUGGCAGGCCCAAGACAUCUGAUUGGUUAUCUCUCUGAACCAAUUGUUUUCCAUUUUGCCCUCAGAACAUUUUUAUGUAUGUAAAACCUCCAUGAGCUUCCCAGUGGCUCAUUUUGUUUAAAGACUGGCCACCUUCUGUCUGUACUGAGGCUGGGCCUGUGUAUGUUUCCUUCGCUUGACCACUCACCCCUGUAGCCCCAUUCACCUGAUUUUCUCACCCACCUCAUCAUUUUUGUGUAGUGAUGAUUACCUACAUGAACAAAGCAAGUUUUAUUAUAUCCAAAUAUCUCACUGCUGUGCACAAGGCCCACUCAACCAAUAUGGCUAGUUUACUUUAGUUAUCAUAUGCACCUAAAAUAAGCUUUCAAGGAGAUUCUCAUUUAAAAAAACUCCUUCCUUCAUUUUUGCCCUUUUUGCUUUGAUUAUCUGUCAUAUAACUAAGGGUCUGAACGUUUUUUGGAAGGCACUAUGUGUCUGUGUUUGCAGCAUGAAUGUUUGUUAUAUUUUCGGCUUAAAUCUUGAAUUUGCCAAUGUGUUGCUCAUUUGUAGAAAAACAUGUUUAUGCUGCCCCCUCGGUCCCUUGCCAUGCCCAGUGCCAGUUUGAAACCAGAUUGUCAAACACUGUGCCCUUAUUUUGUCACACAAUAGAUAUUAGGGACAUGACAUGUAAGAUCGAUUCAGUAGUGAUAACAAAGAAGCAUUUGCAGUAUUUCUUGACCCCAAAAAAGGGCUCAUAGGAUGACCCAAAGCAAGCCAAGAGCCCCAUCUAGUGGGGUCAAAAAAUACUGCAAAUGGUUCAUGAGGCGUCAUUUUUGAGAGUGAUUUAAAUAGAGAAUCCGUGUGAGCAUAGAUGUUUAUGCCUUUAUCAAUAGUGGUAGAAAGAGCACCACUAGACCAUAUGUAUUUCACUUUGUCACUGUAUGUUUUACCCUUAAAUGCUGUCUUGUUCAGGUUCAGUGUGUCUGGGUGCCUUAUAGACACUGAAACUGAUGAGUCCAGGAGCCUGAAGUCACACGACCUGAACCAACAGCUUUUGAUUUGCCUUUUUCCACGGAGACCCCAAGUGGAAAUGUCAUGCCCACUGAGAGAUAAUGUCGGAUUAUCUGUAUUUUUUUGGGGGGGUUUGAAACUGGGAUUGUUUUCCCAGAAUGCCCCAGGACUUGGGAGCACCUAGUGCAUUAGUUGUGAAAUGGGUUUACAUAUUUCUUGUUGUAUCCCUUCCCUCAGAAGCUGUACUCAGAUCUCUUUAUAUGCCAAACUUAAUUGAUGGGCAGACACCAAAAUGUGUCUGAGGUCACCUCUACACUGUAAAGAGUCGUGCUGUAGCCAACAGUUUCUGUGCAGGAAAUGAUCUUGUGGAUUUGGGUGAGUGAAAGAUUUAAUAGUGUUCAUGUGCCAAUUUUAAACACUGUAGAAUAUUUUUAAUACAGUCUGUUUCUCUGUCAAAGUCAGUUAUAUUGCCCUGGCAAUUUAAUUUAUUAUUUAAUAAAUUCUUGCUAAUUAA